AUGGCCCAUACCUGGAUCUCUUUGUACCUGCCUCCCGACAUCAACCCCGCCCAGGCUGCCAUUGCCUAUGGCUUUCGGGCCCUGCCCAAGCUGAAUGAGGAACUGCAGUCGGAGGACCUGCUGACGAGGCAGAAAGCCCUCAUGGCUCUGUGUGAUCUCAUGCACGACCCCGAGCAUGUCUAUGUGGCCAUCGACAUAGGCUGCCUGGAGAGCCUGAAAGCUUUGCUGAAGGAUAGCAACCACAUGGUGCGGAUCAAGACCACUGAAGCGCUGCACAUCAUGGCGACCCAUAAUGUGGGCAGAGAAGGCUUUUUGAAGCAUGACAUCAUCGAUGCCCUGUCCCACCUGCUGAAUGACCCCCAGACAGCCUGCCGGGAGAACCUGCACUUGGCAUUCAAGCACCUGGCCCAGCUGCCUGCAGGGGCCCAGGGCAUUGUCAUCAGCGGCCUGAUCCCCUCGCUGGUGCAGAAGCUGCACCUGGAGGAGGAGAGGAUACAGGAACUCCUCCUGGACACACUGGCGGCCUGCCUGCUGGAGGAUGCCACCGAGGCGCUGACCAGCCGCGUGGUGCCCUUCCUGAAGGAGAUGCUCCUCAACAGCAAUGAAAAGAUCCGCAGCAAAGCCGCCUAUACGCUUAUUACUGUCAGCAUCCCCCUGGAGGGCAAGAAGCAGGUGUGGCAGUAUGAUGUCAUCCCCAUCUUGGUGCACCUGCUGAAAGACCGGGUGGAGGAGGUGCAGGCCAAUGCCGCUGGGGCCCUCAUGUACGCCAUGGUGACCACCGAAGGGAAGUAUGCAGCCCUGGAUGCAGAUGUCAUCUACCCACUCCUGAAUCUGCUGAACUCGACCUUCAGGAAGGCCCGCCUGAAUGCCAUCAAGGCCCUUACCAUGCUGGCCGAGGCCCCAGAGGGCCGCAAGUUCCUGAAGGCCCAUCUGCCCAUCUUCCGUGUCCUUGAGGUGGAGAACAAUGAGGCCGUGCAGAGGGCGGCCCAGGUGGCCAUCAAAGUCAUUCAGUGGAAACCCUGA